AUGAAUUUUACCGAUUUUUAUAACGAGACUUUAACCUCAGUGCCUACUGAGCGUAGCUUUUAUCCUUAUGAAGCUAAUGGCGGUACUGCAUUGGCGAUUGCAGGGGAGGAUUUUUGUGUGGUAGCUUCUGAUACUCGUCAAAGUAACGGUUAUCUUAUAAAUGCGCGAUAUGCACCCAAAGCUUUUAAAAUGUCCGAAAAAGCGGUAUUAGCAAAUAGUGGAUUUGCAGCUGAUGGUAACGCAUUGGUUAGAAGACUUACUCAAAGAAUGCAGUGGUAUAAACAUUCCCAUGAAAAAGAAAUGUCAAUAACGGCACUUGCUCAAUUGCUUUCCAACACUUUAUACUUUAAACGAUUUUUUCCAUUUUACACUCAGGUUUUACUUGGUGGUGUCAAUGAAAAUGGUAUAGUAUACAGUUUUGAUCCUAUAGGAUCCUAUGGAUCAGAAAACUGUAGAGCUGUUGGGACAGCAGCUUCACUAAUUCAACCCUUUCUGGACAAUCAGGUCGAAUUUAAAAAUGUGCAAAUUGUUGAAAAACCACGUUUGACCUUAGAUAGAGCACUUUGUAUCGCCAAAGAUGCAUUUACGUCAGCUACAGAAAGAGAUAUUUAUACCGGAGACCAUCUUGAAAUUUUUAUUAUCAAACAAGAUGGAGUUACUACUGAAAGUUAUCCUUUGAAAAGAGAUUAA